AUGACAACUCCAAUUACAGAGAAAUUACUUGAAGAAACAGUUUUUAGUGCUUUUAUUUAUGCUAGUCAAAUUCUUUCUAAAUGUAAACUCUCAAUUCUUGAUCUCGAUGGCAAAAUGAUUUCUUUUGAGGAGGUGAACCAACUAGCAUUCAAAAAAUUAGCAAGGUCAAAAUGUGAAAGUUCUAAGAAAAAAACCACGGAAUCGAAAAAUGAGAAUGCAGCAGCAGCAGCAAGAACAGGAGACGAAGAUGAUGACGAAGAUGAAGUAGAACAAGAAGAAGAAGAGAAUGAUGAUGAUGAGCGACGAUCUAGCAAGAAUCAUGCCGUUGAUGAAUCUGAUGAUUCGAUAUCAAUCAAUGAACUUGAUCUUGAUAUUCUUCCAGAUGUGUCGAGUUCUACAAUUCAUGGAAUGCGCAUUUUUGAUUCAAUAAAUCAAUGUCAAUCUACAUCCUUCUUUCCUGUUGACAUUAAUGGAGUGAAGAAAUUUAUGCACAAGCAAACCGCCAAUUGGUAUUUCUCAAAAACGAAACCUAUUGUGUCUUCUGAUCGACUGAAAAGAGUUCAGAACAAACAUUAA